UUUUUAUUUUUUAUUUUUAAAUUUUUUUUUUCCAACGUUUAUUUAUUUUUGGGACAGAGAGAGACAGAGCAUGAACGGGGGAGGGGCAGAGAGAGAGGGAGACACAGAAUCGGAAACAGGCUCCAGGCUCUGAGCCAUCAGCCCAGAGCCUGACGCGGGGCUCGAACUCACGGACCGCGAGAUCGUGACCUGGCUGAAGUCGGACGCUUAACCGACUGCGCCACCCAGGCGCCCCUAUCAUUACUGAUUUUUAAAAUCUACCUGUUUAUCAAAUACUGAGAAGGAAAUGUUGAAAUCCAGCUAUAAUUGUGGAUUUGUCUAUUUCUCUUUUCUGUCUUGUCAGUUUUUAGUUCAUGUAACUUUAAGCUUUGUUGCUGUAUCUUCUUGAUGAAUUGACCUUUUUAUAUUAUGAAGUGUCCCUCUUUAUCUCUUGUCCUGAAGAUGGGCCAAAUUCCUUUUCCUGAACUCAACUUUAUCUGGUAUUAGUGUAGAUAUUCCAGCUUUAUUCUGUUUGUAUAUCUUUUUCCAUCAUUUUACUUUGAACUUAUCUGUGUCUUUAUGUUGAUGAUGCCUUUUUUCUUCUGUAGUCAGUAGUACAUAAUUAGGCCUUGCUUUUGUAUUUAUUUUUAAUCAUAGUGUUUAGACCAUUUACAAUUAAUUUAAUUUUUGAUAUAUUGUUUUCUAUUUGUCCAAUCUACAUUUUGUUUAUUUUUCCUUUUGUCUUCUUUUGGACUAAUUUGUGGUAUUCUAUUUUUUAAAAAAUUAAAAAAAAAUUUUUUUAACGUUUAUUCAUUUUUGAGAGACAGAGAAAGACAGAGCAUGAGUGGGGAAGGGGUAGAGAGAGGGAGACACAGAACCUGAAGCAGGCUCCAGGCUCCUAGCUGUCAGCACAGAACCUGACAUGGGGCUCAAACUCAUGAACCAUGAGAUCAUGAUCUGAGCUGAAGUCGGACGCUCAACCAACUGAGCCACCCAGGCGCCCCUGUGGUAUUCCAUUUUAAUUUCUCUGCUGGCUACUUAGCUAUGCUUAUUUGUUUUAUUAUUUUAGCUUUUGUUCUAAGUUUUACCAUAUGAAUCUUUAAUUUAUCACAAUCUACCUCCAAGUACUAUCAUACUACAACACAUAUAAUGUAAGAUAUACAGUGGAACCUUGAACAAUGCAGGGUUAGAGGUGACAACCCCCUUCUUCUCUGGUACUCUGUUAAAUAAUUUCCACAAAUUGGGUCUUUUUGUUAACCAUAGUAUCUUUUGCAACUCAUAUAGUGCCUUUCUCUCAUGUGGUAGGUGCUCAAUAAAAUAUUUUUAUGAGAACAUGGAGUUAUACAUUGUAUUCUUUUAUAUUUAAAAUUCCCUUUGGGGACAUCUGGCUGGCUCAGUCAGCAGAGCAUGUGACUCUUGAUCUCUGGGUUGUGAGUUCAAGCCCGACAUUGGGAGUAGAGCUUACUUAAAAUAUAAUUCCCUUUGAAUCUGAGUUUAAUUCCUUUUUCCUCCCUAACAUCUUCUCUCUGGUUUAAAAAUCUUUGCUAUUUUUAUUUUGCCGUAUUUAUUUUAUUGAUCAUUGCGAAGAACCAGCCCUUUCCUUUUUUGAUCUGUUUUGUGUUUCUGGAUUUAAUUCUAAAACUCAGUAAGCUAACCUAUAAAAUUAUAAUGGCAAUUUACUAUUUAGGUACUAAAGUUAAAUUCUGCUACUUAUACUGUAAUAUCUUUUUUAUGAUAUUACAUAAAUAUCAUGGUAAUCUGGUGGAGGCCAAUAAGACCAAUACUGUACUUCUCUGGGGAAUUAGAGUUCUGUCUUUAAGAGAGAGAUGACUCAUACUACGAGUCAGGAUGUACAGGUAAUCAGAAUUGUGAGAAGGGCCCUUAUAUAGGCCAUGCUUUUCCAUUAGUGGGAAGGGGGCACAAUUUUGCCCCCCAAGGGCUUUUGCUAAUGUCUAGAGAUUUAGGUUGUUACAACUAGGAAUGGAAUACCACUGGCAUGUAGUUGGUACUAGCCAGAGAUGCUGCUAAACAUCCCACAAUGCACAGGUCAGCUUCCCAUAACAAAGAAUUACCUGGCUCAAAAUGUCAACAGUGCCAAGACUGAAAGCCCUUAACUAGGCAAGCAAGAAAACUAUCCUUUGUCCUCUGUGCUCAGGCCUGAACUGAAGAGUGAAACUGUCUAGGAGCUAUUCCUUGGUUAAGAUCAGUUUAAGAGUGGCCUCUGCCACAGGGAGGUGACAUCUCUGUAGCAAAACAAAACAAUGCUGAAGACUACCCUUAUUUUAUGUUUCUUCUUUUUCUUCGUCGUCCUUUUUUUUUUUUUUUUUUUUAAGUAGGCCUUCACGCCCAGGAUGGAGCCCAACAUGGGACUUGAACUCACAAUCUUGAGAUCAAGACCUGAGCUCAGAUCAAGAGUUGGACGCUUAACCCACUGAGCCACUCAGGUUCCCCUUAUUUUAUGUUUCUAAUACUCAUUCAGUUUUUUCUAUUAGAAAAGUAUUUUUAAAUAUAUAUCUAAACAAAUACCCUAAAUAAAUUAUAAAUCUAUAAAUCAAAAUAAAUACCCUAAACCAUUUAUAAUGUUCAAGAUGAAGUUGGACUGCUAAAGAUUCAAAUUUAGUCUCUUCUCAGCUAUGUAGCAAAGUAUUAAGAAAAAGUUACAUCCUUCUACUUUGAGGUCAGGUGGUCGUGACAGCAAGGAGUGAAGAAUUCCAAGGACAAAAUGAAUUCUCAGAAAAUAUGGCUGCAAAUCCAUCCACUCUUCCCAAUAGUAGAAUCUCCAAGUAUCAAACCUGGAAGGUCUGGGAUUAUUCACUUAAGAGUGGUAUAUACCUCAGUCACACAGAGUCUCUCAAACUGCAGGCUGAAAAUGCAGAACUCCUGAUAACAAUGUCAAGUGUCUAUAGUAUUUUUUUCUGUUUAAGUAGUAUUGAAGUGUGUAUAAUUGGUAAAGGGCUCAAAUUGACAAACUUCACGCAAGAAGAAAUUUCUCACUUCACUAACUUAUUCAUCAUUUGCUGAAUAACAAUGAGCUUUCCGUCAGUAGUCAAGAGCUGACAAUCUGGCUGGUAGGACACAACGCAUAAUUACACAACUUAAACAGUGAAAAUAAGUUUCAAAUACCAAAUGAGUAAUACCCCCCAAAGUGUACUAGUUUUAGAAUAAAGCAAAGAACAUUCUAAGCCAAAGGAAUCAGGAAAACCUUCACAGAGAUAAAACUUGUGAAAUAUGAAUAGGAUUUGGAAAAACAAACAAGAAAAGGGAUUUCUGAUAGUUUAGCGAGAGCUAAACUGAAAAGGUCUGAAUAUAAAAGAGCAAGGGUCUUAGGGUGCAAAGAUACUGCUGUUUUUUUUUUUUUUACUCAUCCUUUGAAAUUACCUGAUUAUCCACAGCUUUGAAUUCUUCAACUGCUUUUUGUCUUACAUCUUCAGCUUCUCUCCUUUGAAUGGGACAGGUAGAGUAAAUGAGAGGAAUAUAUUCCAAGGCCCUCUAAUAGUUUGGGAAAUGAUUAAUUUUCGUGAUAACAACCUCACAAAUAAACAAUUCGAAUCUGAAAGUUUCUCUAGCAGGAAAGUGAAUAAAUGUAAUUGGCAUACACAUUCAAGAAGACGGGUAAACUUUUCUCCCUGGCUAACAUAGCUUGGCAUAUUAGUGACUGGAUAGUUUUUCUACUGCAACAGAAAUUACUAUAUAUUAAGGCUUUUGCAAAUUCCUGUUAAUUCUGGGCACACUCGGGUUCUACCUCUAAUUUCUUCUGACUACAUUUUCAUGUAAUCUAAUAGAAUAAGCAGUUUAUCUCCUUUCCUAGAACUCUGGAGUGCUCUACCAUUCCUCUCACUCUAUUUAAAUCCUGCCGUGUCCUCCUCUCCAUAGCCCCUGACUUUACGAACGACAUAACCAUUUGCUCAAACAGAAAAAAAUACAGUCUUGUUUUUGCAAAACAACACAACGUUUCACAAAAAGCAGAGUUCGCACAUUUGGGCCUUUUGUGUUUGUUAAUGUAUGAUAGGUUUCCUCUGAAGAAUUCACAGUAAUCCAGAGAAGAUUGUUUAAGGUUGAGUGGUCCCGUCUAAUAAUGUUUUCCUUAAAUAGUGUGCCGAAGACAACUAUGUGCACUCAGUAAUAUUUACCGACAUGCAGGCACUAAGACAUAACUAGGGCACAAUGGGUUUUAUUCUCGCUAGAGAGGGCGUCUGGUCAAGACUCCCCGUUCAAUACCCCCGAGUGGCCCGCAUGGGAUCUGCUCUACUUUCUGGACCUGGGGCAUUAGCCAAACGAGCCCAAGGCACCAGAGUCCCGUGAAUACCCUCACUUGGCCUAAGGGGUGUCCUCUGUGCCAAGGCGGCAGGGGCCUCGAACUCCCACCUGCUCACUGCCAAACACGCGCCAGCCACGACGGAAGGCGGCAAUACCCCAAGCGACCAGGAGCUCGUCCCCAAGCGCAUCUCGCGACGGGAGGCCUCUCGGCGGCGCCUCACGCCCCACCCCCUCCAGUCCCUGUCGCUGUCCCAACUCGCGGGGUCCAGAGAGUCCGGAGGAGGCAGGGGGUACAGCCGACACCACAACCUCCCAGCUGCAAGCCAAGGGAACUCGCUUCCACCUCCAAGUCCGGGGAAUCCCCAACGACGUCGACUACAACGCCGAACUCGCCAUCCCAGCCUUCCGAAGACUUCGCAGCCCCUCACCAGGCACCCGUUGAAGGCGGCUCUUCAGCCCUCUCGCGAGAGAGUGCCUGGUGGUACCUCCUUCCUCAGCUGUCUUUCUCUCCCCGCCCCCAGAGUGAUUGCGCGGCUUCCUCCGGAGGGCGGGAGCCUUGGACGUGGCGGGGCCGGGCCAGCCUGGCUGCCGGGCCUGGGCGCUCUGCUUGGCCGCUCGGCUCACUUGGCCGCUUGGCUGGCCCUCCGCACCCGCCGUCCAGCCUCCGGCCGGUCCCCUGCCUUUCCAGUUUGGGGCGGGUCCGGAGAAUGGCUUCGGAGAUGGAGUCGUCUCUCGAGGCAAGCUUCACGUCCAGCGGUGCGGUGUCAGGGGCUUCAGUAUUUCUGCCUCCGGCUCGCUCCCGUAUCUUCAAGAUAAUCGUGAUCGGUGACUCCAAUGUGGGCAAGACGUGCCUGACCUACCGCUUCUGCGCCGGCCGCUUCCCGGACCGCACCGAGGCUACUAUCGGGGUGGAUUUCCGAGAACGAGCGGUGGAGAUUGAUGGGGAGCGCAUCAAGAUCCAGUUAUGGGACACAGCAGGACAAGAACGAUUUAGAAAGAGCAUGGUACAGCACUACUACAGAAAUGUACAUGCUGUUGUCUUCGUGUAUGAUAUGACCAACAUGGCUAGUUUUCAUAGCCUACCAUCUUGGAUAGAAGAAUGCAAACAACAUUUGCUAGCCAGUGACAUACCACGGAUUCUCGUUGGAAAUAAAUGUGACUUGAGAAGUGCCAUUCAAGUACCUACAGACUUGGCCCAGAAAUUUGCUGACACACAUAGUAUGCCUUUGUUUGAAACCUCUGCGAAAAACCCCAAUGAUAAUGACCAUGUGGAAGCUAUAUUUAUGACCUUGGCUCAUAAACUUAAGAGCCACAAACCAUUAAUGCUUAGUCAACCCCCCGAUAACGGAAUUACUCUGAAGCCUGAACCAAAGCCUGCAAUGACAUGCUGGUGCUAAGUAACAGUCUUUAUUAUACUAUCUAAUUUUGACAAAAGAAAUACUUUUGAAGUAUGACAGUGAUAAGUCAUAAGAUUUAAUCUCAAGUAUAAUGGAUCAUCCUGACACUUUACUAUUUAUCAUUGUCAUGCUGAUUUUUUGUAUUUUGUAUCUACUUAAUUAAGUUUGUCACUGUGACAACACAGGGAAAAAGUUGGUUUUCAUGUGAGGUUGAAAAUGAAGCAAAGGUAGAAUGAAUCAGAACAUUUUUCCAUUGAGAACCCAAAGAAGGAGGCUUCAGAUGAGAGCAUGAUAGUAUUUUAGGAGUAAGUGACUGUUCAGUCCUGUAUUCGUGGAAUUGAAAAAAAAAUUAAAGGUUUAGGACAUACUUCCUAGGUAUGUCCUUUGAAUGGGAAGUGUUCUCAAUAGGAUAAACCUGGUAUUUGCCUCUGCCUAUAGUUCUUUCUUUGUAUUAUUGAUGUAUUUAAUUGCAUUAUUAUUGGUACAUUUUAGAGCCAAGACUUUAUGUCGUUCCAGUGGGAGGAGAAGGCAUGGAAUGUUUUCUGGUUCUCAGUGCAUAAAGAGUGACUUUUCCAAUGAUUCUAGAUGCUUGAUAUUUCUAAUCAGUAUCAAUCAUAUCUACAGAAGUCAUUGUUACUUUUAAAAGAAUAAUUUGUUUUCUUACUAAUUUCUGUUAAAAUACACAAAAAUAAGUCUGACUUUAAUGAAAAUGAAGUGACAUAAUAAGGUGCUUUAUAUUUUAUUUUGAUAUCUUUAGUGAAAAACCAAUUGAAAACAUUUGAGGAGUUGUAACUUGGGAGGAAAAUAGUUAAACGUGGUUCCUGGCUACCACAGGAGACCUAUUCUUAGCUCUUCGUAAUUUCAGGCUCUAUGUCUGGCAUAGUAUCUCUUGUUCUCUUCCACAGUCAGUUAAUUUAAUAACUAAAGGUUGAAUUAACAACUCAACUUCUAUUUGGAGUGUAGCUCUGAGGGCAUACCUCUAAUUGCUAUGAGUCUACAUAUAUUUCUGUAAUAGUAUUGUGUUACAAUAUAUCAGUUUUUUAAAUCUUUAAAUUUUAUGGUCACAACAAACUAUUCCUCCUCAGUAUGAAAAAUAAAUUAAAUAUUGAAAAAUACCUUGUCUCUCUCCCUCAGUUGUGGAAAGAAUAGUUCAAGAAGUUUUUUUUUUUUACCCUAAAUACUUUUAUUUUGAGUUUGAGACUUUGCACAUUGAAAAUAGUAAGCUUGCAUAUAAAGCUAUUACAUGAAUGGAAUGUAAGCCAUGAACUUUGAAGGGUGCACAUUCACUGAUUCUGAUAGAUUGCCGUCCUUGAUAAUUCUAGAGGUAAUUAAGCCAAAAGAUGAUUGUACUUAGAAUAUUUUCAGAACGUGGUAAAUCAAUGAACUAUGUUAUCUAGUGUAGUUUAGGAUUUUUGUUUAAUCAUUACAGUGGUCCUAACUGGAUAAUCUAAUUAUAAAAACAAGAUAAUUCUAUUAAAUGAAAUAACUGAAAGUAAUAAUUUUAGAAAAUAAUUAUUCAAUUUUAAAUAUUAGAGCUUAAGGAAAAACAGGUUGGCUUUAUCUGUGUCUAGGGAGAUUAAUCCACUUUCUUAUCUUGCUAGAAUUAAAAAUGGUUUGAAUUUAAAUUAAUGUUGCUUUGUAACUAUUUUUAUAGUAAAACAAUGACAACUGUGCUAAUUGUGGUGGGUGUAGCAGUUUUUUAAAGAAGGGAAUCUGUUUAUUGCUUUUAAAACAUUUUCUGAAGUGUGGGAAGAAAGUUUACAAACUUUCCACACACAUUUCUGUUUUUAAGUGCUGUUAAUAAUGGUUAAAAAAAAUUAUUUAACUUUAUUUCUUUUUUUAAGAACUUAGUAACAGGUAUCCUUUACAGUUCUGUGAAAGGACUUAGUUUUUCACUUUAAUAUUUAUUAAUUUUGAAAUAUUUGUAUCUCAUUUGUAAUGAUUUACUGUUUUAAUUUUUUCUACAUAUGUUUUUAUUUUUUAAAAGAGCAUACUUAUCAGUUGGGGGAUAAAGCUUUUAGAUAUUUUCCAAAAUAUUUAUAAAACAUUUCAUUGUUGAGAAGUCACUUCCAAAAUGGUGGCUAUCAAACAAAUAAUAAUAAAUUUUUAAAGCACAAGUCACACAUUUUGUAACUCCUAUGUGAAUUUAUUUUAACUGUGACCUUUAAUUGAAAACAUCAGAUAUGUUUUGGAAAAGUCUUAAUUUGAGAACACUGAAGGAAGCUAAUCCAGAAUCUAAUGUAGUUAGCUAUUAAUGAUGAUGCUUUAUUGACAGUAUAUUGCUAAUAUGUUUCCUCACGAAAUCUAAAGUUAAAUAAUUUCAUUGUGGAAUAGUGUCACUGUAAUGUUUCCCUUAUGAAGUUCAAUAAACCAGGUUUGCCAUAAA